AUGUUGACGCAAUCGCUACCUCCGCUGUUCUUGUUGCCAGCAUGGAGCGCCCAGCAGCUGCGACUGCUCGCCAUUCGACAGCUAAGAGCGUCGGCAUCAGCAUCAUAUCACAGCAGAGACGCCUUCCCCACCUGCACACACCAGAGAAGGAAUAUCUACCACGAGGCAGAAGCCGUGCACGUUACAAGAGGGACGAAGCAAACAGAACAGGCACAUGGAAACGACGCCAAAUUGGAGGAGGAGGGGCUAUCACCUCAUGGGGGUGCAGACUCUUCAGAAGCGAACAGCUCACACAUAGCCAAAUAUGGAUUCCACCCAAGAUACCGAUGGGCUGGAGUCAGACGUUUAAUAGGAAGACCUGGGCACUACAGGAUACUUAGAGGGGCCCCUUCCCCCCCGAGUGUUAAAAUUAAAGAAGAAAAAAUCCAGGCUCAUCUGAGUGACUACGAUCUUCGCUUGUUGAAAGCCAUCAAACGUUUAAGCGACGCACAGAUCAUGAAAAUAUUGCGGGAAGAUUCGAGGAGACCCGACGUCCAAUUCCUUGAAGAUCACGCCUUGAGUGGCACAGAAAUAGCUUCCCCCAAUUUGGAAGACAAAUUGCGAAAGUUUGGGCGGAAUCCCGUGGAACCUGAUCAGACGAAGCUGUCUCAACCAGCAAUGGAGCCUAUUCCUAUUGAGAAAGAAGAUUUCGAGAGCGAUUUCGAGAGCGCCUGGCCAGUCUUCACACCAAUUCAAGAGAGCAUAGCAACCCUGCCGGAAUCAACUCAACACACUCUCACGGUCGAUUCUGGUGUCCCGGGGGUAGAUAUAGAAACCAUAAAUCCGCGUUUAACGACACCAACUGAAUCACAAAAUCCAGCCCCAGAAUGGAAAAUCAGCUUCAAGCCGGGCCGUCAAAAGACUGAAGGUCUAUUUGACGAGAUGUUCCCCGAGGAAAAUAACCCGCAAACUCAUGAAUCGAGCCCGGAGAGCCAGCUCGUUAAACUUCCAGUUUUCGAUUGGAUAGAUGAUUUUGAGAAAAAAACGGCGAGCAACGAAGAUGAAGAAAGAAGCGUCGAAGAGACUCGACUACACAAAGUGGCUGGAACCCGGACUUCACAGCGAGAUGUGGCUCAUCAGAGCGUACUUAUUCUCAAUUGCGCUUUGCACUCUCUUGAAGAAAGCGAUUUUUUCAGACUUAGUCCCAAGGGCGAGCACAUUGAAGGCUGGACGAGCGGAAUCAUCAAAGUCAUACCUGGUCGAGACAACAAAACAUUGGAGCCUCUUGAUUACUACUUCAUUCUAUUCUCCAAUGAGUACACUGCCCGAGCAUACUUGGACAAUAUGUUUCGACUAAAAAAACUAGCAGAGACUAGCACUCGUCACCAAAUGACGCUGGGGGCUAUUGCUUUGCCCCCGGGAUUUUUAAAGGAUGGAGAGGACGUUCAAACCAUCGUCAAGAACUUCUCCUUGGCUCCAUCACACACCAAGCUCUCCAUGCGACUAUUAGAUAAGCCAUACAAGCCAGGUAUGCUCCGACUGCUCAGUGACGGCGGACCCGCUGCAAUAGCAAAUAGCAAAAGUAAAGCCGAGAACAUGGUAUUAUUCUACACGGACCACGGCCGAGUUUCCUCCUUCGACAUCAUGGAGGCCAUCUACGACGAUGGCCGGAAACGGAAUCUGAUGUGGAAACUGGUUGUGGGGAGCGGAGAAAAGGAAAUCAUCACGUUGCAAGAAGAUGGGGCUUCCGAGUCAGACAACCAUGAGAGUGCGAAUGCCGCAAGGCAGCCAAAGAGGCAUGUGAUCUCUUUCACUGAUAAACAUGAAGCGCGCAGGUUUGUACGGGAGUGGCAUCGCCGACCCUUCCCAGCUUCGCGGAUGGCUAAACAGAGUGUAAAUAUUAAUGAGCCAGCUCCCAUCAUCAAUGCAGAGAUUUUGUGGUAA